UCACAUGCAUGCUCAAUGGUUACAGGUGAAAUUCCUGAUUGGUGGGUGUGGGCUUACUGGGUGUCACCAUUGACAUAUGCCUUCAAUUCCUUGGCUGUGAAUGAAAUGUUUGCUCCAAGGUGGAUGCAUCCACAGACAUCUUCGGAUCGAAGUACCACAUUGGGUCUGUCAGUACUAAGAAACUUUGAUGUUUUUGCUAAAGAAGAAUGGUACUGGAUAGGAGCCGCAGCUCUUUUUGGUUAUGUCAUUUUCUACAAUGUUCUCUUCACCCUUGCGCUUAUGUACCUUAACCCUCUUGGAAAGAAACAAGCAAUUAUUUCUGAGGAAGAUGCAAGUGAAAUGGAGACUGGAGGAGACACCAACGAAGAACCUAGACUUGUAAGGCCCCCACAGUCCAACAAAGAUUCAAUGCUUCGAUCAUUAUCUACUGCUGAUGGAAAUAAUGCAAGAGAAGUGGCAAUGCAGCGAAUGGGAAGCCAAGCUACCAGUGGAUUAAGAAAAGCUGAUUCAGCAAAUGAUUCAGCUACUGGAGUUGCCCCCAAAAGAGGAAUGAUUCUACCUUUUCAACCACUUGCAAUGUCCUUUGACACUGUUAAUUACUACGUCGACAUGCCUGCAGAAAUGAAAGCGCAAGGUGUGGCUGAAGAUAGGCUACAACUGCUUAGGGGAGUAACCAGUUCCUUUAGGCCUGGAGUGCUAACUGCACUGAUGGGAGUUAGUGGAGCUGGGAAGACAACUUUAAUGGAUGUUUUAGCAGGAAGAAAGACUGGUGGCUACAUUGAAGGAGAUAUUAGAAUCUCUGGGUUCCCCAAGAACCAAGAAACCUUUGCAAGAGUUGCUGGUUACUGCGAACAAACUGAUAUUCAUUCACCCCAAGUUACUAUUCGUGAAUCUUUGAUUUACUCUGCCUUCCUCCGUUUACCAAAAGAAGUUAGUGAGGAGGAAAAAAUACAAUUUGUAGACCAAGUAAUGGAUCUGGUAGAGCUGGAUAAUCUGAAGGAUGCUAUAGUGGGGCUUCCAGGAGUUACAGGGUUGUCAACUGAGCAAAGAAAGAGGUUGACCAUCGCUGUUGAGCUCGUUGCUAAUCCUUCAAUCAUUUUCAUGGAUGAACCCACUUCAGGACUUGAUGCAAGAGCAGCAGCUAUUGUUAUGAGGACUGUGAGAAACACUGUGGAUACGGGAAGGACGGUUGUUUGCACAAUUCACCAGCCUAGCAUUGAUAUCUUUGAAGCCUUCGAUGAGCUUUUGUUGAUGAAAAGAGGAGGGCAAGUGAUCUACUCAGGACCAUUAGGCCGAAAUUCGCACAAGAUUAUAGAAUACUUUGAGGCAAUUCCAGGGGUCCCAAAAAUUAAAGAGAUGUACAACCCUGCAACAUGGAUGCUGGAAGUGAGUUCUGUAGCAGCUGAAGUUCGUCUCGGAAUGGACUUUGCUGAAUACUACAAGACUUCAUCUUUGUUUCAGCGAAACAAAGCCCUUGUAAAGGAGCUGAGAACACCCCCACCUGGAACUACUGAUCUGUAUUUCCCCACUAAAUACUCUCAAUCUUCACUGGGGCAAUUCAAAUCCUGUUUUUGGAAGCAGUGGCUGACAUACUGGAGAAGUCCAGAUUAUAAUCUUGUCAGAUUCUUUUUCACCUUGGCAAGUGCCCUCAUGAUAGGGACAAUAUUUUGGAGAAUUGGCAGAAAUAGGGAAACCUCAAGCGAUCUUACAAUGAUCAUUGGAGCAAUGUAUGCUGCUGUUAUUUUUGUCGGCAUUAACAACUGCCAAACCGUUCAACCAAUCGUAGCCGUUGAAAGAACAGUGUUCUAUCGAGAAAGAGCUGCUGGAAUGUAUGCUCCUCUGCCUUAUGCCCUCUCACAGGUUUUUGCCGAAAUCCCUUAUGUAUUUGUUCAAGCUGUGUAUUACUCACUCCUAAUCUAUGCCAUGGUGAACUUUGAAUGGAAAGUGGAGAAGUUCUUUUGGUUCUUCUUUGUCAGCUUCUUCUCUUUCUUGUACUUCACAUACUAUGGUAUGAUGACUGUUUCCAUCACACCAAACCACCAAGUGGCAUCAAUCUUUGCAGCAGCAUUCUAUGGACUCUUCAAUCUCUUCUCUGGUUUCUUUAUCCCAAGACCCAAAAUUCCUAAAUGGUGGGUGUGGUAUUACUGGAUUUGCCCAGUGGCAUGGACGGUGUAUGGAUUAAUUGUCUCUCAAUACAGAGAUAUAGAGGACCCAAUUGAUGUGCCAGGGAGUGCCAUAAAUUUCACUGUUAAAGGAUACAUUGAAAACCACUACGGGUUUAAACCCGAUUUCAUGGGUCCAGUUGCUGCAGUUUUGGUAGCUUUCACUGUCUUCUUUGCCUUUGUAUUUUCCUUCUGCAUCAAGACACUGAACUUCCAAUCAAGAUAAAAGAGCUACAACAUCGUAUGUGCAAGUUAUGCUGUAGCAAGUUGUAACAGUGUAUCGAUUUCUGUAUGUAAAUAACUGAGGCUGGAGUCCAUGCUCAAGAUUUAUGGAACAUGUUUCAUAAGAUUAAUACGUGACCACGAUAGUUUUGCUAGCAGAGAGUUUUUCAGUAAAUGUAAAUCAUCUCAUUCAUGCUUUUAUUAGUUUGGUUUGGUACCCAGAAGAAAUUAGCUUUUUCUUAUGCUCGAUUCUUGCAACAAUAAUAGAUAAAAACUUAUUCUUUUGCAUUAA